CACCGGUUUAGAUUCUGUGUGUUGCGACCGCACCAUGAACAAGCCUGAUUCCACCAACCUCGAUCUACGACCUUCCCCUCUCAAACUCACCACCACCUCCGCCGCCCGAACCAAGAAUCCACCCCGUGCCCCUACUAACCCAGCCAACUUCUCCGGCGACCUCGCCGGAGCACACGACGCCGUCCGAUCCGUCCCGGCGCCCCCGAGGAGCUCCAAACCAGGUCACCGGAGAACUGUUUCCGCCGGAGCUCCGCUAAUCUACUCCGGAGGAAGCUCAAACACCAGCCCGAACCUUUCUCCCGGCGGGAACAUCUUCCCUGCCGGAAAAUCUCCCAAACCAGUUGCUCUACCCACUCGCGGGCCGAGCCGGCCAGAUGUUCUCGGCUCCGGCGCCGUGAACUAUGGCCGCGGCAGCAUCGUGCGAGGUGGUGGGGGCGCCAAGCAUGGGAACAGCACCAACGGUUUUUGUGAUGCUGAAGAAUUGAAGAGGUUAGGGAAUGAGUUUUAUAGGAAUGGGAACUUCGUGGAUGCUCUGGCAAUGUAUGAUCGUGCUGUUGCGGUGUCACCGGGCAAUGCGGCGUGCCGGAGUAACCGUGCCGCGGCGCUUACAGCGUUGGGGAGGCUGGGAGAGGCCGCAAAGGAGUGUGACGAGGCUGUGAGUUUGGACCCUGGUUAUGCCAGGGCGCAUAAGAGGCUUGCUUCUCUAUAUUUGCGCUUUGGGCAGGUAGAAAACUCACAGCUUCACCUCUCUCUAUCUGGGCUAAAAAUGGAUGAAUAUGAAGAGCAAACACUGAUGUUCUUAGAGAAGCAUCUAAACCGAUGUGAAGAUGCACGAAAGGUUGGUGAUUGGAAGGGCGUACUUAGGGAAUCAGAGGCGGCCAUUGCGGUUGGAGCAGACUUCUCACCUCAGCUUGUUGCUUGUAAAGCAGAAGCUUAUUUGAAGCUUCAUCUGUUUGAGGAUGCGGAAUCCACACUUUCAAACAUUCCCAAGGUGGAAGGUUGUCCCCUGGCCUACUCUCAAAUCAAGUUUUUUGGCAUGCUUGGUGAAGCCUACGUGCCUUUUGUCUCUGCACAGGUUCAGAUGGCCUUGGGAAGGUUUGAGACUGCUGUUGCUGCAGCAGAAAAGGCUAGCCUGUUAGAUCACCAUAAUGUUGAAGUUGCCAGGAUUGUUAAUACUGUAAAAAUGGUAGCAAGAGCUCGAUCAAGGGGCAAUGAUCUUUUCAGCUCUGGCAAGUUCUCUCAAGCGUGUUCUGCUUAUGGCGAAGGCCUCAAAUAUGACUGUUUCAACUAUGUUCUAUAUUGCAAUAGAGCUAUUUGUUGGUCUAAACUUGGACUAUGGGAACAAUCUGUUCAAGAUUGCAACCAAGCUCUUCUCAUUCAACCAAAUUACACCAAGGCACUUUUCCGCAGAGCCGCAUCAAAUGCAAAGCUUGAAAGAUGGGCGGAAGUUGUUAAAGAUUAUGAGACUUUAAGGUGUGAACUCCCCGAAGACAGUGAAGUUGCUGAAUUUCUUCGCCAGGCUAAACUAGCAUUGGAAAAAUCUCGUGAAGCGGUAUAUGCAGUUGAAGUCGAAGAAAUCUUGGCACUAGAUAAAUUCAAGGCAGCUAUUGCUUCUGCUGGUGUUUCGGUAGUUCAUUUCAAAGUGGCAUCAAAUGAACUAUGUGAAGAAAUAUCUCCAUUCGUAAAUACAUUGUGCGUUAGAUAUCCAUCUGUCAAGUUUAUUAGGGUGGAUGUUGAAGAGUGUCUAUCAAUAGCAAAAGCUGAAAACAUUAGAAUUGUUCCAACUUUCAAAAUAUAUAAAAAUGGGGUGAAGGUGAAGGAAAUGAUCCGGCCAAUCCACCAGUUGUUAGAGGACUCAGUAAGGAAAAAUAGUAGUCUCUAACAUUUUUAGGAUUCAUGUUCAUUAUUUUGCGUUUUUCACAACAUGGAAUUGAAGAAGGUGCUCUAAGAUUACACCAACAAUAGUCCAAAUUUAGGAAGUUCAACUCUCUCUGAUGCAUACAAGUGGAUAACAUUUUUUUUUCAACAUUGCUUUGGUAAACUAAAAAGGCAUAAAAAUUCACAGCACCUUAGGCAGGCAAACCUCAGAGAUCAAUGUUAGUUAACAUCUUGAAAUCAUGUAUGUAUAUCUUUUUCCUUCUCUCAACUAAUUUGGUUCUUAUUUUCUUUCUCCAAUGUAUUAAAUCCAAAGGCGAUGG